CCUGCCUGUCCUCAGCUCCCCCUCCCCUCCCCAUCCUCUCAGGCUGUCCUCCGCUUCCCGCCACCCGCCCUCGCCUGUGACUGCCAUCAGUCCCCCCUCCGCUCCCUCCCGUCCUGUCGGCCUCCCCUCCGCUUCGGGCCCUCGCGCGUCGGCCCAACCGGCGCUAGAGAAAGAUAACAAAAUGGAUGAAUUGACCCAAGCCCUGGCCAGCAGCUUCUCGGUGUCCCAGGAGCUGAACAGCACGGCGGCCCCACACCCUCGCCUGGCCCAGUACAAAUCCAAGUACAGUUCUCUGGAGCAGGGAGAGAGGCGACGCCAGUUACUCGAGCUCCAGAAAUCCAAGCGUCUGGAUUACGUGAACCAUGCCAGGAGGCUGGCCGAGGACGACUGGUCAGGAAUGGACAGCGAGGAGGAGGAGCAGGAGGGAGACAAAAAGGAAGAUGAGGAAAUGGACAUUGAUGUCAGCAAGAAGUUACCAAAGCGCUAUGCCAACCAGCUGAUGCUCUCCGAGUGGCUGAUCGACGUCCCUUCAGAUCUGGUGGAGAAGUGGAUCAUGGUCGUGUGUCCCGUUGGAAAACGGGUCCUUGUUGUGGCUUCUCGGGGCUCUACUGCAGCUUACACCAAGAGUGGAUAUUGCUUCAAAAAAUUUGUUUCCCUUCUGCCAGGAGGCAGCAAAGAUAGUUCAGGGACAGGCAAAGACUUCACCAUCCUGGAUUGCAUCUACAGCGAAGUGAACCAAACCUACUACGUUCUGGAUGUGAUGUGCUGGAGGGGACACCCCAUCUAUGACUGCCAGACAGAUGUCCGAUUUUAUUGGAUGCACACUAAGCUGCUAGAAGAGGGACUGGGAGAAAAAAGCAAGCACAAUCCGUUCAGAUUCGUGGGCCUGAAGAAUUUCCCAUGUACCCCUGAAAGCUUAUGCAAAGUCCUAUCCACGGACUUCCCUUUUCAGGUGGAUGGGCUCCUUUUCUACCACAGGGCCAAACACUAUAGCCCCGGGUGCACCCCCCUGGUAGGUUGGCUGCGCCCCAACAUGGUGUCGGAUGUGCUGGGCAUAGCGGUGUCCAUAGGCCGCUGGUGCUAGAAGCAAGUGGAUGCUCCAGUUCCCUCGGUAGGAGCUCCAGAAGCCAGCCGCUGACCACAACUCGCCCCAGCCCUGGGCCCCGCACCGGAAUUGGCCGCAGCGGUGGGUGGACUACACCCGCGAGAGCCAGUUGAGCCAGGCCUCGUGGGGACAGACUCCCCCGCUCGCUCUCCGGAUCCAUCACGGGUACGGGCCCUGUCCCGAACUGCCGGAUUACCGGCGAGCCCCGGGGUCGGUCCACCGAGAGCUCCUGCUUCCUGCUGCCAGGAAACCAACCGUGCAACCUCGUCCUUCUGCCACCCGAGACGGGACCACCCGAAGGCAGCUGUCAUCUCCGGGGUCGGGGGGGGGGUCCCCGCCCCAGAGAGGCCGUCGGUUGCCAGGGACCUGGCCGAGCUCGUCACCUGCAGAGCGAAGGACUCCAUCACUGGAGAUUCCUGGCCACGUCAUGAACUACAAAACGGGGCGGACGGUUUCAACCCGAGUUCCUAAAUUUCCACUGUGGACUUGGGUCUUCAUUCCAGAUGUGGGCAGAGGCUAACAAUAACUGGAGCACCACCGGUGAUGGGGCGCUCCCGGGUUUCCAGUUCGAGCAGCCAGCCGGUCUUUAUUGAAGAGCGUCCCGGGGGCUGAGCUUACACCUAACCCCUGGGGUCGUUUAAGCCUUGGUCUUUGCCCUCAAGAAGUUUACAGUCGAAUUGAGUAGACGAGUCAGUAGCCUAAAGGAGCAUAAAUUUGAGCUGAGAAGAAGGCGACGACUCCCAUUGGCAUGUCGAACAUUUUUAGAACGUGUAGCAGCCGUGAUUGUAGAAGGACAGUUAGAUGUGGGGGUUUUUUUUGACUUAGUAAGUCAGGACUGUUCUUAGGAAAAAAAAUUGUAAAAUUGCGUUACUCGUUCGCUCCAAUCUUUUAAAGGUGAAAUGGCCUUCUCUGUCUUUAUAUCAGGAAAGAGUCUGUACUGUUUGGUCUCAGUUGGUUUUUUUGUUUUUUUUAGCACUUUUCUUUAAUUGUAAUAAGAGAUGGAUAAAGUUGACUUGUUAAAAAUAGGAGCAGUGUA